GGGUCUCAUUCCACUCCCCAGUGCCCAGUUCCAGCACACACUCAUCCUGGACACGCUCACACACUCACACGGGCCUGCGGACGAGAGCAGUGAUUGUCGAUUGGAGAAAGUGUGUGUUGUGUGGGUGAGUGUGACUGAACUGUGAGUGAUGGAUCUCUCGCAGUAGAAGGUAGAACUUGUACAGACAGGAGCUGCUGGAAUGGCAAACUGCUCAGAAACACUGGAAACUUCAGUCUGAUCAAAAUGUCUGAGGCUAUUUGCUGCACGGUGGUGAACUGCAGCUGUGACAGUUUCAAACCUGGUAAACUGAGGCGGCGUCUCUGUGAGCACUGCAGGCACGGCUGGGUCGCCCAUGCUCUGAGUAAGCUGAAGGUUCAUCACAUGUACCAAGGAAGCCAGGUGGAGAUUGUUCACUCCAAUGUGGUAUUUGAUAUCUGUAGUCUGAUGCUUUAUGGGACUCAGGCAAUUCCAGUGCGUCUCAAGAUCCUUUUGGACCGCCUCUUCAGCGUUCUUAAGCAGGAGGAGGUUAUUCGGAUCCUAACUGCACUGGACUGGACUCUCCAGGACUACAUCCGUGGUUACGUCCUGCAGGAUGUGGCCGGUAAGGUAUUGGACCGCUGGGCCAUAAUGACCUUUGAAGAGGAGAUUGUUACGCUGCAACAGUUUCUGCGCUUCGGAGAGACCAAGUCCAUCGUGGAGCUCAUGGCGCUGCAGGAUAAGGAGGGACAGGCAGUAGUAGUCCCAACCACAAGAACCAAUUCUGACAUCCGCAGCUUCAUUGAAAGCAGUACGCAGCGGCCUGUGCAUCUGCCGGCUAAAGCCGAAGAAGCCGGUUGCAGUAAUGGACACCAUUUUGAAACGCUGGUCAACAAUAUGACCCUCAUGCUGCCACUGCGACUGCUGAAUUCUGUUCCGGUACCGUUGCUGAGCUCCAAUAGCGAUUCCAGCCACCAGGAGGCACCGAUGAGACACGAGACGUCAGACGUGAGCCUUGACGCCGCUCCGUUCGACGAAGAGAUGCUGCUGGAUGCCGAGUCUCCAAAGAUGGAGUCGGAAGAGUUUAACGUGAGUGGAAACUCCUCUCCCUCCACACCUUGCACGCCCUCCAUCGCUUCUGAAGUCACACACAUGUCUCCUGAGAACAAGGUGCGGUGUGCAGAGAAGAACGGAUCCUUAAAGAAGGGUCGCGUGUUCUGCAGCGCCUGCGAGAAGACCUUCUAUGACAAAGGCACUCUAAAGAUACACUACAAUGCCGUUCAUCUGAAGAUCAAACACAAGUGCACCAUCGAGGGCUGCAACAUGGUCUUCAGCUCCUUACGCAGUCGGAACAGGCACAGUGCGAACCCGAACCCGCGGCUGCACAUGCCCAUGAACCGCAAUAAUCGUGACAAGGACCUGCGGGGCAGUCUGAGCCCGAGGCAGGAGGACGGAGCCGAGGGCGAGAAGCGAGACUUCGCUGCUAUCUCAGAAAGCAGGACCAUCUCAAGUUUUAUCAUCCGCAACUCAGAGCCCAAACUCCAUGGAUCUUUGUCUAGCAUGAGCCAGAGCGGCAUCCUCUUUCCCAAUCUAAAGACUGUGCAGCCCGUGCUUCCAUUUUACCGGAGCCUGGUGACCCCGGCUGAGCUGGCUCAUACGCCGGGCAGCCUGCCCUCUCUCCCACUUCUGUCUUCCUCGGUGCCCGUCAACACCAGUCUCAUGCAGAGCGGCUCAGAGCCGGUGCCCAAGAAGAAGUCCAGAAAGUCCAGCAUGCCCAUUAAAAUUGAGAAGGAUGAGCUGGUGGAGGAGGGUGUGUCCGAGGAGGAGACUCCGCCCCUCAGCCCCUGCACAGACACAGAAAAGUGUGACGUUAGCAGCAUGGGGUGCAAACCUGUGGACUGUGACGUCCGAUCCGUCCUCAACUCACAGGACACACAAUGGGACAAACUAACUCAGGAGGACAGUCGCAUCAUCUCGCCAUCGUCUCCUUCUCUCUUUCACAAUAAACAGAACGAUGAGAAAGAAAGGGAGUUCUCAAAAUGCGAAGAACCAGCAUGCAGUUCGCGGCCAGAGCAGCCCUGCGGCCCCCGACUGGUCCAUUUCACACACAGCAGUGAAAACUGUGCAGACGGCUGCAGCGACCCAGAGACCAUAUGUGCAGAUGAUAAAGACGAGCAGGCGCAUCCAUGCGAGAUCUGCAGUAAAAUGUUUAAAAACCCUUACAGUGUCAAAAUGCAUUAUCGAAACGUGCACGUAAAGGAGAUGCACAUGUGCACUGUGGAUGGCUGCAAUGCUGCUUUUCCGUGA